AUGAUUGAUGGAGGAGUGCAGUUGAAUUGGGACAACUUCAAGAGGGUCUUCCUUGAGAAGUAUUUCCCGGAUGAUGUGAGGAGUCAGAAGGAAGUGGAACUCCUCGAGCUGAAGCAAGGGAAUGAUACAGUGGCAGAGUAUGCUCCAAAAUUUGAUGCUUUGGUUCACUAUUGUACUCACUACCAUGGUGAGGGUGGUGAAAGAGCUAAGUGCAUUAAGUUUGUGAAUGGCCUUCGUCCUGAGGUAAAGACAGCAGUCGAUUAUCAAGAGAUUUAUCACUACUCGAUGCUUGUCAACAAGAGUAGAAUCUAUGACCAUGACAACCGUGCACGUGCUGCUUUCUACAAGGGAGCUGGAGGUCCUAUGCGUGCUGCGAAUUUUAGUGCUCCGGGUAGGAGUAAACCUUACUUUGCUACUGCCAAGUUUCAAGGAAAUCAUGUUAGAAGUAGAUUUGUUGUUGCUAGUGUAGGAGGCUCUGUUUCUACACCUAUUAGUCGAUGCAAGAAAUGUGGGCAACAUGGGCAUGAGCACUAUAACUAUCCUGACAAGGAAAUAACUUGCUUUAACUAUAAUUGA